GGGUAAUGGUGGCGGAAGCUCUAUUCUUGUGGAGUGGGUUGUUGUUGGUGUCCGGGGUGUUUCGGAGUUGAACUUUCAUCCGUGGGAGGGGGCUCUAAGGUGGAAACCGUAACCGUGAAUCAGUGAGUGAAUGCGGGGCGAAGAGUCGUCGGAUUCAGAGUCGGGGAGGAUGGAGGAGAGUUCGGUCCGGCGGAGUUUGGAGACGUUGUGUCAAGAACUGAACAUGGAUGAGCAGACCGCAGCUGAAGCCAUGGAUAACUUCACGGCCAUAUGGAAUACAUACACCCUGGAGGGAGAGGUGGUCCACUGGCUGGCCUGUGCUCUGUAUGCCGCCUGCAGGAAGGGGUCCACUCCCACAGUGGGGAAAGGGCUGAUGGAGGGAAACUGUGUCUCCCUCACCAGGAUCCUUCGGUGCGCCAAGCUAAGUCUCAUCCAGUUCUUCUCGAAGAUGCGGAAGUGGGCCGACAUGUCCAACCUGUCGCAGGACUUUAGGCUGCGAAUGGACCGGCUGGAGCGAAACUUUGAGGUCUCCACGGUGAUCUUUCGCAAGUUCGAACCCAUCUUCAGGGACAUGUUCGUGAAUCCGCAGGGAUGCGAGGCGCCGCGGCAACCGCGCAGCAGGAAGCACAGACGGCUGCCCUGUCACAUUAGUGAUGUGUUCAAGUUCUGCUGGACCCUGUUCGUCUACACCAAAGGUAACUUUCGGAUGAUCGGCGAUGACCUGGUGAACUCGUACCACCUGCUGCUCUGCUGUCUGGACCUGGUGUUCGGCAACGCUCUCCUGUGUGCCAACAGGAAGGAGCUGAUCAACCCGACGUUCAGAGGUCUGCCUCCCACGUUCCGCGCGGACGGCUGCGUUCCCCAGAGCGAGCUGCCUCCCUGCGUGCUGGAGAAGCUGUGUGAGCUGCAUGAUGGGCUGGUGGUGGAGGCAAAAGGCAUCAAACAGCACUACUUCAAGCCGUACAUACAGAAGCUGUUCCAGAAACAGAUCCUGAAAGGAAACGAGACCCUUUUGACCGAGAUGUUGGAUCCGCAGAAUUUUAUUGAAAACAAUAAAGCCGUGAACAGGGAGUAUGAGGAGUACGUGUUGACCGUCGGGGACUUUGAUGAACGAGUGUUUCUGGGAGCAGAUGCUGAUGAGGAAAUCGGAACCCCGAGGAAAUUUGUUCAGGAACGUGCUGCCAGCCAAGCAGCCGCUCAGAACCAGCAGGUGGAGAAGUGUGGCUCUCUCGCCCCGUCCACUCCUCUGACAGGACGGGUCUACCUGAAGGAGAAGGACCUGCUUGUCACGCCCGUCUCUUCAGCAACGCAGAGCGUCAGCCGGCUGCAGAGCAUGGUCGCUGGUUUACGGACGGCUCCCAGUGAAAAUCUGCUGCAGAACUUUAAGUCCUGCUCCAGAGAUCCUACAGAGUCCAUUCUGGCUCGAGUGAAAACUCUCGGACGCACCUUCAAAGAACAUUACACCAACGACUCUGAGGACACGCCAGGAUCUCACAUUGACUUUGCAGAGAAUCGUUGGAAGCUGGCGGAGAUCCUCUACUAUAAAGUCCUGGAGAACGUCCUAGUUCAGGAGACCAAACGGCUGCAGGGCAGAGACAUGAGUGUUUUGCUUGAGCAGGACAUCUUCCACUGCUCCCUGAUGGCGUGCUGUUUGGAGGUAGUGCUGUUCUCCUACAGCUCCCAGAGGACCUUCCCUUGGAUCAUCAAGGUCUUCAAACUGGCCCCAUUUUACUUCUUUAAGGUAAUCGAGGUGUUCAUCCGCUCAGAGGAAGGCUUGUCCCGUGACAUGGUGAAGCAUCUGAACUCCGUUGAGGAGCAGGUUCUGGAGAGCCGAGCGUGGACCUCAGAUUCUGCUCUGUGGAGCUCCUUGGAGGUUGCUGGGAAUAAAGUCCCAACAGUGGAGGAGGUGAACUUUUCGUCCUGUCUGGAUACGGGUUCUGGUUCCACUAAUGGCCAGUCCCACCUGCCACUGGUGGCCCACUCUCCCAUCAUUCACCCUCGGAUCAGGGAGUUCAGGUCGGGUCUGGGAAGCGCACGUAAAGAGGUGCCUCCUUCUCCGCUGUCGGUCCAUGACAGAUACAGCUCUCCUGCAGCUGGCAGCGCCAAGCGACGGCUUUUUGGCGACGACCCGCCAGCGCCCCCCGCAGGCCUGAGCAUCAGCGUGAGCCCGCUGCCAUCUCCUGCCAAGAGACUGACGUUUGGGACAAGUAACAGCACCCAAAAGAACGGAGGCCAGGGAGCCCAGACCACCAUCCUGAGUAUCCCUCUGCAAGGACUCUCUGCAGGUGAGCGCACCUUUACACUGAUCCCAGUCCAGCCAUGUGACUCCUCUGGUAUUGUCACGGGCCAGUUUCUGCUGACCUCCUCCCCGACUCGGGGGGCUGUUGCAGCUCCUGCCUCCGGCACCGAACCCCAGGCAGGAAACGGACGGCCGCGACGCACCGGGUCACUCGCUCUGUUCUUCAGGAAGGUGUAUCACCUGGCCAGUGUUCGCCUGAGAGAUCUGUGCCUAAAGUUGGACAUCCCCUCAGAACUGCGAGGGAAAAUCUGGACAUGCUUCGAGCACGCUCUGGUCCACUGCACUGACCUGAUGAAGGAACGGCAUCUGGACCAGCUGCUGCUGUGCUGCAUUUACAUUAUAUCCAAAAUCACCAAAGAGUCUCACACCUUCCAGGACAUCAUGAAGUGUUACCGCAGCCAACCUCAAGCCAGCAGCCACGUGUACCGCAGUGUCUUACUGCGCCACGCUCCCAGAGAGCAGCCAGCUGAUGAAAACAUGGAGGUGGACUCUGCUUCUGGUGGAGAAUCUGCAGAGAAAGCCAAUCAGCACCCAGCUGAAAGAAAGUCUGACCAAUCAGUAGAGGAGGAACGUGGUGAUGUCAUCCAGUUCUAUAACACUGUGUUUGUGUUGAAGAUGAAGAGCUUCGCUCUGCGAUACGCCACGAGCGAGAACCGGGCGGACGCUCCUCCCCUCUCUCCGUUCCCGUCAGUCCGGGCCCAGCCUCUGUCGCCUCGUCGGGUCAGUCAGAGACACUCGCUGUAUGUGUCGCCUCACAAGAACUCUGCAGGCUGCCUCACACCAAACUCAUACACCUACAGGAUCAACAACAGCCCGUCCAAGGAGCUGUCGGACAUAAACCGGAUGAUCCGACAGGGAUGUGUAAGCAGGAAGAGGGCCUUCACCAUGGAAGGGGACGUGAUGAUGUCAUCAGCGUGCGACUCGCCCAGUAAGAGGGCGUGUCCAGAGAACGGCAGCAGUCCUGAUGUGCUGCUGAAGCGUUUGCAGGACGUUGUGUCCGAGCGGCAGAGUCACUGAUGAAACCUGGAGUGCUGAGAGGAAAGUAAUGAAGGUCGACGCCAGCAGUUACACGUGGAGAGAUGUUUCUGUGACCAGAGGGUCAGAGAGCAGGUGAUUUAGACCUAUUUCUGUUACCUAACUCAUCCUUUGUUGUGAUGACGCUAAAGUUCUGAUUGGUACCAGUAUUAUUAUGAAAAGAUGUAACAUUUGGGCCACUUCAGGACCAUCAGCUGACCUCUUUAACCCAGAUGUUCUUCUUCAGGAUUAUUUUAACAGCUGACUGUGAACCUGAUCCACUAAUGUCUGUUUUAGAUCUAUUUAUGUUUGUCUGUGGGCUGAAUUUACCAGAACCACUCGAAAUCAAACAAAGCUGUUUCCAUAUUUUAAUUCCAGUUUCAGGGUUUUAAAAAUCUCCCCACAGUUGAGAUUAUUGGGUUUGAAUUGUAAAGUUUAUUUUUUAAAUGGGAAAAUGUGGUCAGGAUACAUGAGCGGCGUGCAGGACGACUCUCAAACACCAGAGCUACGAAUCCUUCAGAGAGCUUCAGCCCAGAAUGAAGCUCUUACAUUUCAUUGCAUUGUUUGAAAUUUGUUACUAAAAGAGAAAAAUAAAUUCAGUGCAGCUGUUUGCUCUGAUGUACUUUCGUCUUUUUUUGUUUUUGUGGCACUUUGUGGCCUUUAGUUCAAAGUUGACAGUCUUGAAAUGGGGUGUAGAAAGGGGGAAGGACAUGCAGAAGGUUUCACUGGAUCAGGACUUCAAGCAGGGACAUCUGUGCCAAGGACUGAGGCCUCCGUACAUGGGUCACACGCCAUGCCGCUACGCUACACGUCGCGCCCUGCCGCUACGUUAAGCGCCACGCCGCUACGUUAAGCGCCACGCCACUGUGAUCGCCCUGUUCUGUGAAACCUUUAAUCAUGUGGUUUUUCUCUGGUUUUCUCUGGCUUGAUUUGUCCUUUGCGCUCUGAGUCACUUAAAUAAAUGUAUUAUUAUUAAUUUACAUGAUUUGCAACCUGCGCCCCUUUUAUUCAGACUCUGAUGCAUUUAUUGGAAAAAAAACAAAAACGUUUCUGCCUUAUAAAAAUAUAUAAUGUUCAUUACAACUUUAAUUUCUAAGGGAAAGUAUUAAACUGCUCAAGGUGGGGACACUGCGGGCUUUGGAGCGGCGGUAGAUCACUCGAUGUAUGGAAGCCUCAAUCAUCAAAGCAGAUGUCUCUGGUUUCGAGUCCUGACCCAACAAACCUUUCCUCCGUGUCUCCACCCCAUUUUGGGAUUGUACAUUUUAAUAUAAAGGCCGCUAGUGCCACAAACAUGUACCUGCUCAUGGUGCCAAACAAGUGACAGUAUUCUGGAAACUAAAAAGCUUUGCAGAGUUUUAUUUUUGGGAGGGUUGAAGAAGACCCACUUGUUUAUAGUGUCUUCUGAAAUCGGAUCUUUUUCAUUGUAAAAUUGAUCUUUGUUGUUAAAAAUUAGAUUUUAAAAGAUUUGCUGUUUGCAUUUGAUGUGCUUCUAUGUGGUUCUGACCCAUUCAGUGCUGGCUGGUUUAUUGCUAGCAGUAAUCUUGCUCCGGGUGUUUUGCAUCUACACAUCAUUUUUAUGUUGAGUUGGACUUUUUGCAGAGCUGUUCUUGUUCUUGCAACAGCGGUUAGUGAUUAAUCUCUUUAUAAUUUUGAACUUUUAAUCUCUUUAUUUCACUUUAUGUAAAAGUAAGAAAGGGCUUCAUGUUUUUUGUAAAUGUAAAAUAUAAUCAAUAAGAUGCAAUAAUCUUUGUAAAAUAAAGUUCAGUUCUCCUCUUUUCA